GAGUUGGAGAUAGAGAGAGGAAAAAGAAGGAAGAGACCAAAGGCCUAAAUCAUUCCUGACUUCUUUUUUAAUAGUUUAAGCCGGCUAAAGGGGUGGAAAGGGAGGCUUCCCCAGAAAGGAAGGAGAGGGGAGACUUUCCUUGACCCAACCCGCGAACGUGUGCAUGCGACUCCUGGCAGGCUACAGUGUUUGCAAAAAAAGGGGGGAGAAACAGAGGAGGAGAAUCUGGGCUCCGGCGAGUUUCCUUGCAAAAGGGGCUGAGUGCAUUGGAAGGAGAAGCAAGUUGGAUCCAGCUCUUUUCAACUGUACACUCAUAACAGCUGGAGUUAACACAGAGGAGUAAACGUCCAUCUGCCCGUUGGGUCGACCUCAGAAAGAGACCGCAUGCAGACAUGGCGAGCUGUUGCUCAGUGCCCAGAUGCAACAACCGGCGUUGGCGUGGAGCCCGUGUCACGUUUCACAGGUUUCCUCUCACCAAGAAAGACCAGUUGAAAAAGUGGCUCGUGAACAUCGGACGCCAGAACUUCACUCCCUCGCACAACGACGUCGUGUGCUCAGAGCACUUUAGGAGGACGGAUUUUUGGGGCAAAGUGGCUUCUGGGCGGCGGGAACUCAAACCCGGAGCAGUCCCGACUGUCGUUCGUCGACCGAAAAAGGGCUCUGGGAAGGGUCUCGCUAAAAUGAGAAAGUGCCUCGUCCGGCGUAAACCGCCCGAUCUGGAACCAAGCAGCCCAACAUUGGCGGAUGGCGAAAGCAGUGUCGAAGCAGCAGCCUCCUCCAAGAGCGAUAUCGUGAUCCUGGAGCAUUCGUACUCAGCGCCAGCAAGCCCAGGUGAAGCCAGCCACUCGAUGCCACAAAAGUUCAUAAUAAAUGACGGACCUCUGUGA